AUGCGGGAUGCGGCGAUCGUGGGGCUCGGGAUCGAUUUAGGGAGUGGCUAUCCGAGCGAUCCACGCGCCGCCCGGUGGUUGCGAUCCCAUCUCCAUCGGUUUUUCAUCGUUCCCAGGCGUUUUAACUUCGUGCGGUACUCCUGGGGGCCCGUGGCGCAACUCGGACGAGAUCCCGCGGUCUGCAUCCAAGCCACCUUUAAGCAGGACGAGCUUAAUGAGGAGCGAAAGCGACCAAGGGUCGAGGUCGACCGACGGCAGCCCAAACUCGAGUUCACCAAGGCACCGCUGAAGCGGGCCGCCAUUUUCACUCACAUGCUACUGCUGGAGCCGAUGGAGGGGAUCAAUUUUUAG